UCGACGCUUACUGAGCCGGAAGUGGCUCUCAAAAAAGCGUCAAAAUGUAUCUUCGAGUAUCGAGGGUCGACUAGCGUCCUACCCCGCCCAGCGGGACCAAUUUGACAGAAAGAAAUCUUGUCGAAAGGGGCCCGUUUUUAGGGUCUCGGUCCGUCACAUGUUAACUGGCCACGACGACUUUGACCGCAUUCCACCAUGUCACGAUCCGGUAACAAGAAACCCGUAGGCUUUGCGACUCAUAUUACUGCAGGAGGGAUAGCUGGAGCCUGUGAAGCGCUGACAUGCCAACCCUUGGAUACCAUCAAGGUGCGAAUGCAGUUGUCCAAGUCGGGACGAGCACCAGGGACAAAACCAAGGGGCUUCUUCGCCACUGGUGCACACAUCGUACGGAGAGAAACACCUCUGGCUCUAUACAAGGGUCUUGGAGCCGUCCUCUCCGGCAUCGUCCCCAAGAUGGCCAUUCGUUUCGCUAGUUUCGAAGCCUACAAAGGCUGGUUGGCGGACAAGGAGACGGGGAAGACUAGUCUUGGGAAUAUUUUCAUCGCUGGUCUUGGUGCAGGAACGACAGAAGCCGUUGCCGUUGUAACACCUAUGGAAGUGGUGAAGAUUCGGCUGCAGGCACAACAACACUCCUUGGCUGAUCCGCUAGAGGCACCGCGGUAUCGGAACGCUGCACAUGCCGUGUAUAAGAUUGUGAAGGAGGAAGGAGUGUCGACACUCUACCGUGGCGUGUCGCUCACUGCGCUGAGGCAGGCGACGAAUCAGGGAGCGAACUUUACGGUAUACCAGGAACUGAAGAAGGCAUUCCACAGGUACCAACCUGAUCUCCCCGACUUGCCAUCCUGGCAACACAUGUUUAUCGGUCUUAUUUCUGGCGCUGCUGGGCCAAUGUCGAAUGCACCGAUAGACACUAUUAAAACUCGUCUGCAGAAAAGCACCGCAAUCCCCGGGCAGUCGGCAUUCCGCCGCAUCACUAUCAUCGCAGAGGAUAUGUGGAAAACUGAGGGUGUGAGAUCGUUUUAUAAGGGUAUUACGCCGCGUAUUUUGCGUGUUGCUCCCGGUCAGGCUAUAGUGUUUGCCGUGUAUGAGAGGGUCAGCAAACUCAUUGAGCGUGUCCAACCCAAACAAUACGAAGAGCACAAGUACACAGAGUAGAUUGUUGGUGAGUAUACCUGUCUGGAGGACGUUGUGGGGAAAUGAACAGAAUAAUCGGAUGAACACUUACGCAUGAACUGCCGUUCCUCAAGUCCUACUUAGAGGUCUCAUCGGAAUGUUUUAUUACGAGGACCUGUCGAUAAGAAGUAAACACGACACGAGUUUUUUUUUAGGAAUUAUAUACGUGUUA